CGACCGUUAUAUGGCGCAAUCGUCAAGCAGCGUGGGGAGUUAUUGGUUACCUAAUAGGUACGCUGUGAUCGGCUGUACGCUGUGAUCGGCGAACUUUUGAAGCCUCUAACGUCCAACGAUUCUGCAAAAAGGACACCAGGAUGGCGACUAAAGCCAUAGGAGGCGUCACCAUGACCGCCUUUCAGGUUUUACUGGUUCUGAUAUGGCUGGCCAGCGGGGGUGUUCUCGGCGUUGCCAUCUGGCUCAUGGCGGAUGACAUCGUGUCCACGGGGAUGCGGUUUGAGUUCGGGCUGGGGUGGUUCUACUACCCGGUCCACCUGCUCAUCGCCUCCGCCGUGUUCGGAGUCAUCGGCGGCGUCCUGGGCUUCAUCGGAGCCAAGAAAGGGAACCAGCUGCUGCUGCGCAUCUUCUGCGCAGUCCUGCUUGUCAUCACCGUCCUGAGCUUCACAGCUGGAGGACUUUCCUACAGCUACAGACACAACGUCAUGACGGUCACGAUCAGUGAUCGCGUUGGGAACUCUCUGGUCACUGCUCUGGCCGGAGACAAGCUGGACAACCGGCCUGUCGAGCUACAGGCAGCGGUCAAGAGAGCACAGGAGCGGUUCCUGUGUUGUGGCCUGACGUUUUCCGGCAACUGGAUUGAUGCAUGUUCAGACGAUACUUGCCAUAGCAGUUAUGUCUCCGAUCGCUGCGAUCCAUACGCGCCCUGUCAGGGGAAGUUUGACGACAUAGUCAUUCAGUACCAGAGGUACGUGUUUGCGGUCGCCUUCACCCACGGAGGCAUUCAGUUCCUCGGCCUGCUGCUAGUGGUGUACAUCAUGAGAAGGCUCGGCAGCAGCAAGAAGAAGGAGAAACGCGGACAAGCAGCGGAGAUGGAGAAAAUGCAAGCAACUUCAUCAUAGACGUCAUAAUUACACACGAGUCACUGUAGACUAACAAUGAUGAGAUUCAGACUUCAUUCAAAAUUAACUAAUCAUAUGCAGAUACAUUCCCCAGUUGGUUUGUUUAAAGUUUCUUUUUUGUUCUCCUGAAAAGAUUUGAUUUUCAUUAGUAUCGAGUCUUUUGACCUUUCAAUACUGUGUAUUAUUUACUUUCAUAAUAGACAUAUGGACGUUACAUUUCGUCCAAGCAGUUGUCUGGUACGUUUUCAACAUAAACAGUAUCUUAUUCCUUAUCAAGUUUUCAUAGAUAGUCUUUGGGUUGUUUAUCAUAUUCAACUAUUAGUGAAGUGAUUAUCAAAUUGCUUUUUUUGCCUUUUGAGUACUAUUUUGUAGAUUGUUGAGGAACAAAAUUCCCAAAAUGAUCUGCCAUCUUCACAUCUUUUUAUUGUAUACUUCUCUGUUUGACUAUGUGCUGUGAUUGGAUGAUGAUAUUGAUGACGUGUGCAUCUAAUUAGUUCAAAUGUACAAUGCAUGUACACUGCAAUGAAUACGUUUUUGUUCUUUUUUAAUGAGGAGUCUUGUAUUGAACAGGAUGACCUCUGUUUGGAUUUAUGUUAGGUAUGUAUUCGCUGUUGUGGCUGCUUAGGUUGGUCUUCAUUCAAUAAAAUGCUCUUAAUCACUAUA